AGAUUUCAACAUGGGCUCCCUGCCGUUCAUCGUGAAAUGCUGCAAGAGCACUUCCACCAGCAUCAAAAUGGGUGGCAAAGAUGAUCAGGAGCGCUUGUACAACUUCAGUUUCCACGCAGACUGCCUCUCUUUCCAGAUUGGGUGACACCCAUAUUGCAAGCAGAGAUCCGCUCCUUCACUCCAGGCGUACAAGAAACUUCUAGGCAGGUGUGUUGAGGCAAGUUGGAGCUAAACUCUGGAGGACACAGCCCUACUGGACCAAGUUUGGGGCCUUCUGUUCUAGAUCUUUUGAAGUGUCAAGGUCAGAACGCAAAGAGAGCAAUGCAAGCUUGUUUUUCCCACUGUCCUUCUGAUGAGUGUACCCCUGGAAGGAAAUGAGCGUCAAAGUAAUGGCCAAAAAAGCUUUUCUCUCAGUCAAGCUCAUGCUGUUGGUGCUGCUCAAGAUCAGGAGACUGUGCUUCUGGUUGUGCUGAAUUUGUCCAACCAGCUGUAAUAUAGCAACAGAAUUGAAAGUGCUUUCAUUUAAGUUGACCCUUUUACUUGCUUUAGCAUGAAUGCACAUGUAUUUACAAUGGAUGCUGCUUAUUUGGAUUUUGGUAAGCAUCACUGCAUUGAUAAUCUGCAACCCAGACGUGUACUUACCUAAAGCACUUAUUCAUAGAUGCAUCCUUUAUUCACAGUGUUUGUGUCAUUUGCACUUUUGUGGAAGUUUAACAGCAUGGUUACAUGUAGAUGAAUAUUAAUAUUACAUCAGAGUUCAGCUGCAUGUGCUGUUAUCAAAUGAAGAUGCUCUACAAUGUGUCUUUUUCAGAUAUUUCGACCCAGUGGAUAAAAUAAGCUCACACAGCUGUUGUAUACAGUUUCUGACACUUUUGUUUUUGCAGCGUUACGUCACCGAACAAUCUGGACUCUAAACUACUAAACUAAACUUUCUAGUUCAACUCGGCAAAGUUUGAAUCCUGUUUGGCAAGCACGCUUUCCAGCAACACAUCCCACAAUGAUUACAUAUUUGCUCAGUUGUCAGCAAUCAAAUAAUUUUACACCCUGUUUAUACCUGUACUUAGCGUUAUCCACUUGUGAUAAGAGUGACAAAAAAGCAUGUUAAUAUCAGGAGUAAACGGGGCCUGAGCAGUCAGAUAAAGGUCUCAAUAAAGGGCUGCCAGUUUAAACAUCACUUCACUAAGAGCAUGGUUUCUUUGUGGGCUUCAUUACGUUCUUCACUUUACAAUCUGAAAUCCCUUCUUCUUGCUUGUGUUGUCUGUGCAGUAAGGUGACAACUGAUGUUCUGUUCACACACGACCAUAGCAAGCAGGUCCAGUUGUUCCUUUACCUAGGUCUGAUUCAGGGGGAAUAUCAAGGCCACAUGGACAUGGGAACCAUAGGUGGUGACUGUUAAUAAUAUUUUUGCUAUUCUAAUCGAUGUUCACUCUUCUUUAUUUGGUUUUCUAUUUGUUAUAUAAAAUAAAAUGCUUUGAAUCACUCAAAUCAUGUGUCUCUAAUGAGUAGUCUUCCCAUAUCUAUAUUAAAAAGAUCCUUGUUAGGGGCCCAGGCAGCACAGCAGUUUUAGCCAUCAUUGCUUUCACGUAAGAGAUGAGAGCGUACAUGAGUGCUCAUGUGUGAUUGAGGUAGUGAUAGUAGCUUCUUGACUGGACGCUGAAAACAUACUUCAGGGAUGUAUUGGAUUGGAUUUUACAUAUUUGGAGAAUUCAAGAAAUUAAUUCACUAGUAGUUUCAAUUAGUAGUUGUUUGAAUUGUCUGUGGUGAAUUCAGAUUAAUAUUAGGAAUUUCCAAGGCAAUUUAGUAAGAUUGCAGAGUUUAUAUGUUUGUAAUGGAGUUGCCUCAUAUAAAUAAAUGAAUAGAUAUAAUAAAAGUGUAAAGACCUAAUACAGUACUUUGUUUGACCUCUUGAGGUUUCACCUUUACCUUCACAUAUAAUCAAGGAGGUUUUGGAACGGCCAGCUCCUUUUCACUGGUACAAGUCCUAACAAAAAAAAAAAAAAAAAACUUUCCCACAGUUUUAUUUUAAUUUGUCAUUAACUACAUCAAUCAAAGGUGGUUAUACCUUUUGGGGGUUUAUGAAGCCUCUACUUAUGAUUCACUUGCUUGGGUGUGAUCUAUGACCACAUUAUAAAUUUAUAAUUUCUUUUUCCUUCACAGCAGCAGAUUUUGUAACCUUACAUUUCUCCACACCUUAGAGGAAGAACAUCUGGGAAGAAAGAGAAACCACUCCCUCUGUGAUCAUAUAUAAUCAGACCCCGCUCAGGUCUGUUUCAGUGACAAAGCUCAUCAAACUCUUUCACAGCAGUUCUACAUCAACAUCAUGGCAUGCCUUUAUGGAGACAUCCUGAAAAUAGACACCACAGGUGCAUCAGAAAAAACGGCAAAACAAGACAAAUUAACCAUAAAGGGGGUUGAGGCCUCCAAAAAACUGGCCGAGACUGAUCUGAUCCGGAUAGAAAAAUACAAGAGUGUAAUUAUCAAAGUUGGCAAAGCAAAGCAGAUGGACCCGGCUGUGAUUGCUGCCAUCAUCAGAGAGUCCAGAGCCGGAGCCGCUCUGAAGGAUGGAUGGGGCGACCAUGGCAAUGGCUUUGGCCUCAUGCAGGUUGACAAACGCUACCACGCUCCAACGGGUGUAUGGGACAGUGAGCUGCACAUUAUACAAGCUACCGACAUACUCAUUAGCUUCGUUAAAGAAAUUAAAGUAAAAUUCCCCAAGUGGACACAAGAGCAAUGCUUUAAAGGGGGAAUCUCGGCCUACAACGCAGGUGUGAAGAACGUCCAAACGUACGAGCGCAUGGACAUCGGCACCACAGGAGAUGACUACGCCAAUGAUGUCAUUGCCAGAGCCCAAUGGUUCAAAACCAAGGGUUACUGAAAAACAGCAGCAAAACCUUUUAAUAUUAGGCCUGCUGUAUUGCUAUGGUCAGUUAAAAAUAUUGCUGAUGUAAUCUGUCUCUUUGAUGGUGUUUGUGGUGUUUUCAAGUAGUAGUAAAGAUCUGAUCAAAUAAAGCUCAUUUAUUUACUCCAACCACGUGUUUCCUGUAUAUCUCGCCGACCCUGUGAAGUCUCUCUCAAUCUAUCUUCCCAGUAGGCUGUAGGCAGUAGGCAGUAGGCCCCUGGAAGCGGCUCUAAACACGUUUUGAAAGCGCGUGCGGGUUUUGUCGACGACAGAGGGCGACGUCGAGCCUCGUCCUGCUUCACUCACUCACACAUGACGCUGGAGAAUGUUUUUAGUAGGAAAUCUCGGAGGUUUCGCUCGCUUAAGGAUGACCAGAUAUCUCUAGGAGUUUCUUCGCUUUUGAUUGUGACAUCAUGGCCUCAGGAUCUCCAGACGUCACAGGCUCUACUGAACCGUCAGAAGCAGCGGAAGAGUGUUCAGG